CAGACUUGUAUAGGUGGUGGACAUGGAUGUAUUAUAAGAGCUGCUUCAUGACAGCUGUCAACAAACUGCACCCGGUGAAGAUUCAGCCCAGAAGCUCAAAAUGGUGAGCAGUAAAGCAUUUGCCCGCUGUGUGCUGGUUCUGCUGAGUUUGUGGCUGUGUAUCCAGUCAGUGCCUAUCAGUGUGGACAAGACCAAAGAAAAGCAUGAUGCUGAGCAACUGGAGCCACCCCAGAGUGCUGAGACUGGACUGCACUAUGACCGCUACCUCAGAGAAGUCAUUGAGUACCUGGAGAAAGACCCCCACUUUAAAGAGAAGCUUAAAAACGCCAACAUGGAUGACAUCAAGGAAGGCAAACUUUCCAGAGAGCUGUACUUUGUCCACCACAAUUUUCGGACCAAGCUGGACGAGCUGAAGAGGGAGGAGAUGAACAGGCUGCGGAUGCUUAUCAAAGCCAAACAUGACAUCCAGGGGGACAAUGGUCGUACAGUGAACCAUCAGGCCCUGCUCAAACAGUUUGAGCACCUCAACCACAUGAACCCUGACACGUUUGAGGUGGACGACCUGGACCGCCUCAUCAAAUCGGCGACCAAAGACCUGGAGAACUUUGACAAGGGCCGUCAUGACGAGUUCAAGAGAUAUGAGAUGAUGAAGGAGCAUGAGAAGAGGGAACGUCUGAACAGCUUGACUGAGGAGGACCGCAAGAAGGAAGAGCAGCAUUAUGAGGAGAUGAGGAGGAAACACGCUGACCAUCCCAAAGUGAAUCAUCCAGGCAGUGAAGACCAGCUGAAGGAGGUGUGGCAGGAGGGCGACGGUUUGGACCCACAAGACUUUGAACCCAAGACCUUUUUCAAACUCCAUGACAGUAAUGGAGAUGGUUUCUUAGACGAGACUGAACUUGAAGCUCUCUUUACUAAAGAGCUUGAAAAGGUGUACAACUCUGAAAAUGAAGAAGACGACAUGGUUCAGAUGGAGGAGGAGAGACUACGUAUGAGAGAGCACGUUAUGAACGAAGUGGACACCGAUAAUGACAGACUUGUGUCAUUGAGCGAGUUCAUGGUGGCCACUAAGAAGGACGAUUUCCAUGAAAAAGAGGAGUGGGAGACUUUAGACCAGAACCCCUUAUACACAGAGGAGGAGCUGAGGGAGUAUGAGCAACAACUGACCAACGAGAAGAAUGACAUCAAUAAGAGGUCGGUUGUGCUGCAGAAACAGAGGGAGGAUCUCGAAAGGAAACAGGAAGAACUUAAUGCUCAGAAAGUGGGGCUGCAGCAGGCCGUAGAAGAAAUGGAUAGAAUAAAAGCCCAGCGCACAAACACUGAGGUCAAACGUGAAAGUGAGGCAGCACCAGUUGUACCAGGAAACAAUCAGCCACUGCCCCCUGGUCACCAGCAGCAAGAUGUACCAGUGUCAGGACACUCUUAGCAGGUCUCACCACUCUGCGAGCUGCAGGAAUGCCACUGACCGUGUGUGUGCGCGCGUGUAUGUGUUUACCCUGAAAUCUUUUCAAUUUUCUGUUUUAUAUUUAGGAUUUUAAAAACACCACUGGCAACAACAUGCCUACACAUUAAGAGCAAGUCUGAUUUCAGGACUAAAAUUCAGCGUCAAUUAUGUCAUUAUUCCUCUUGUUGGUGGAUUCUUCUUGAAAUGUGGAGCCUGUCUAUGUGUCUUUGUUCACAAUCAACUCUUUUGUUUUUGUCUUAUUGAUGUUUUGUCACAACUAGGACUCUGUUCUCCAUGAGAAGUGUCAGGGAGAAGGGCUGUUGGCCUGAUAAGUGAAUGUUUUGUUUAGUUUGCACUGUAGUUUAUUGUCACUGAUACUGUCUCUUAGACAAAAACAUACAUUUUUUCCAGGUGAAGAGAGUUUAGUUUCAGAAAUAACCACAGCGUUCAUGUAGAACUACUGGAAAGUGAAUGACAUGGAGAGUUUUAAUUUUUUUUUGUUAAUUAUUACACUGGUAAUGAGGUUUCAUUUCAAACUGUGAAAUGUGUUCAUAGGACUGCAACAAUAACGCACAGAUGAUCAUACUUUUCUUUUAAGGACUUUUUUUAAUGGUCGAGCUCACAAUGAAACUCUUCCAUGUUUAGAAAGCUAAAAAACUACUUCAAUUGUAUUUUCUAUAUGAUUUCUCCCUGGGACCAGAUGACUGAAGUACAUAUUUAUUUUACAGAUGAAGUUACAUAUAUUAUAUAUUUAAAUUACUGUAAUUGUGCUGGUUUUAGAGUGAGUAUGUGAGUUCUGAAUUGGUUAUUUACAGUGAGCUUUUGUGAGUGCAUGUGCAUCUGUGUCAUUUUUCAAAACGUAAUCAUUUAUGUCUUCUCUACAUCACUGUCAAUGAAACGUUUAAAGUUGAAUCCAAGAGUCACAUGGUCCAAAACAUAUUUCAAAACAGUCACAUUUUAAAGGUGAUGCAACAGAUAAAAGAUACAAUCAGGACACAAAGACAGAUGUUUUUGAGAUACAGGUAUAUUUCUGUCUUCCUUUUAAUAAGCAGUCGAGGUUAUCUGCCACACAACAUCUGUGGAGCCCAGUUUACCUCACGUUUUAUUUAUUUAUUUGAGGUUUUGAAUGUGGACAAUAAAGUGAAUGAGCCUGCUG